AUAACGAGAACACAAUGAACCGAUCAAGAUCAACGGUCCACAAACGAUCAUCUCACUCAGAAACACGCACAUGCUAACCACUCCCCUCCGACUCGAUUUAUCAUCUCUGAAAUCCACACAUAAGACGAUCAUCUCUCUCGGAAGCUUCUCGAACAUACGCUGAGAUGGUGAAAGGUCCAGGUCUCUACACCGAUAUCGGCAAGAAAGCCAGAGAUCUUCUGUACAAGGAUUACCAGAGCGACCAUAAGUUUACUCUCACUACCUAUGCAGCCAAUGGAGUUGCCAUUACCUCAUCAGGAGCUAAGAAAGGCGAGUUGUUUUUGGCAGAUGUCAGCACUAAACUGAUCAACAAAAACAUCACAACUGAUGUCAAAGUUGACACAAACUCAAAAUUAUUCACAACUAUCACAAUUGAUGAACCCGCACCUGGAGUGAAAUCCAUCUUCAGCUUUGUUGUUCCUGAUCAGAGAUCUGGCAAGGUUGAACUUCAAUACUUGCAAGAGUAUGCAGGAAUCAGUACCAGCAUUGGUUUGACCGCUAGCCCUGUGGUCAACUUCUCCGGGGUAGCCGGAAACGACACAUUGGCACUCGGGACCGAUGUUUCAUUUGAUACUGCUACUGGCAAUUUCACUAAGUAUAAUGGAGCCCUAAGUUUCACCACUUCUGACCUCAUUGCUUCUUUGAUACUGAGCGAUAAAGCGGACACCCUAACUGCUUCCUACUACCACACAGUUAGCCCAUUGACCAACACCGCAGUCGGUGCAGAGUUAAGCCAUGGAUUUUCAAGCAACGAGAACACUUUAACAAUCGGGACACAACAUUCACUUGACCCAUUGACCACAGUGAAGGCUCGGGUCAACAACGCUGGCAUAGCAAGUGCUCUUUUGCAGCAUGAAUGGCGGCCGAAAUCGUUGGUUACUAUAUCAGGAGAGGUGGACACUAGGGCAAUUGAUAAGAGUGCGAAGGUUGGGCUGGCUCUAGCGUUAAAGCCUUGAACGGUAAAACAAAUUUUCUAUGAUUUUGACACAAGAAAAAUAAGGUGGGUUGAUGUUCCCAUUGACAUUGUUGUGAGUUUUUAAAUGAUGUGAAGGCUGUUAAGGACUUACCUGCCAUGUUUAUUUUGUCUUGCAAAAGUUUUCAUUGCUGGUUAAGCAGAUGCUUAUUGAGAUCAUUUGUAUAAUGCAACACAAAUUAUAUAGGUUUAGUUACCAAUUCAUUUUGUUUGUUUUA